GUGGUCGUUUCUUUCCUCUGUCUUGGAUGAAAAAAUAGAGAGGAGGGGUAAAACCAAAGUGUGUAAAAAUCCGAAUGAUUGUUGCUGAAAAACACUGAAGAUUGCAAGAAUGGGAAGAAAGCGAGUCAAUGUGAGAGAAAAAGCGUCCGCGUCCGCAGCGAAACAAUGGAAAGCAAAAGAGAAGACAAGUACUGAGUGUGGUCCAAAUGACAUUUUGCCCAACUCAUUUUCCUUGGCGAUACACCAUCAGGGUGAGUUCAGAAGCUCUCCCAGCAAAGAAUACGUGGGAGGAAGGGUAGACUAUAUAGACAACUGUAAUGCUGAAAAAUGGUCACUACAAGUGCUUGAUGAAUGUGCAGUAAGACUAGGAUACCCGAAAGAUGCUCGUUUUGGGUGGUAUGGUAGGAUUCCUGGUAUGCCGCUUGAGACUGGACUAUAUUUUUGCAUGUGUGAUUGGGAUUGUGAUCUUCUAGUAAACACAUUGCCACUGAAUAGAGUGGCAGAGGUUUAUCUACAAGUUGGCACUGAUGAUAAUCCAGUGAGGUUUCAAACUCAAAAAACAGAGUAUGUAGACAUGCCUGAAGGCCACAAACUUCUGCUAAGCAGGAUACAAAAGAUAAAGAAACAUCUGAAAUGGACAGUGACAUAGCAAUACUGGAAGAAGUUGACUUCAAUGAUAUGGACAACAGAAGGAAAAAUGUGGCUGAUGACAACAGUAAUGAAGUUGCUACAAACAGUCAUGAGAAUUUUGAUUCCAAAAGUCCUAAUUUGCAACAAGAAGAGGACAACAAGAGAGAUAAUGCAGGGGAAGAAGCACAAAUGGCAACUGAUAAUGAUAUCCAAGCUGAUGAGACUGAUGUGCAGGCUGAUAAUAAUGUGCAGGCUAAUGAUGAUAUGCAGGCUGAUGACAAGUUCGAUGAUCCAGAUUAUACGGGGCAAGUUGAGGAGGAUGUUUUAUUUGAUGAAGCCUUAAAGAUUGGACAACAAUUUGGUGUGCAUAAAGGAGCUCCUGAAGUUGGACCUUCUACCAGCAAAGACAGAAGAAAGAAGAGAGCAGUAGGGAAGGAGAAGCUGUUGACGAAGUAA